UCCACCUGUCUUCCUUACUCCCAGUUGGGAUUCCAUACCCACGUCUCGGUCUUUGUUUCUUUGCUCGGGUUGGUUCUGCUCGAAGGCAAAGAAUACUCGCAACUCACAACGUCAUCUGCCUCCAUCCCUCACCUUGUUCGCCCGUGAACGAUCCUCCUCCUCCGCAAAAUAUCGGCAAUUCAACCGCUCACUGCCACGGUUUCCCAAUGGGAUUUUACCGAAACUGAGCAAUGUUGCUAAUUUCCAGCGUAUUCUCAACUAUCAUCUUUAUCCCCUUCGCAUUGUUUCUCUGCUUCACCAGCUGCGUCUUUACAGUCGCCAUCACUGAAUUCGACUUCGGCACUUUAACUUUAAGCAGUCUCAAACUCCUCGGAGAUGCUCACUUGGACAAUGAAAGUGUCAGGCUCACAAGGGAUCUCGCCGUCCCCAACUCUGGUUCCGGCAGAGCUCUCUACUCCAAACCCGUCAGAUUCAGGCAACCCGGCACUCACAAUCCGGCGAGUUUUAAUACCUAUUUCUCCUUUUCAAUUACUAAUCUGAAUCCAUCCUCCAUUGGUGGGGGAAUCGCUUUUCUAAUGGCGCCGGAUGCUGAGACCCUCGGUGACGCCGGCGGCUUCCUUGGCCUCCUUAAAGCGGAUGGCUCUUCCUCGGGUUUUCUGGCGGUGGAAUUCGACACUCAAAUGGAUGUAGAGUUCAAAGACAUUAAUGGAAAUCAUGUGGGUCUGGACCUGAAUAGUAUGGUUUCGACACAUGUUGGCGACCUGGAAUCUGUUGGAAUCGAUCUAAAAAGUGGCGAUCUUGUAAACGCAUGGAUCGAAUACAACGGCUCAACAAAGGGCUUUAACAUCUGGGUUUCCUACUCAAACAUUAGACCAAAAGAUCCCCUCCUCUCAUUCGAUCUCGAUCUCGAUCAGUACGUAAAUGACUUGAUGUACGUGGGUUUCUCCGGCUCUACGCAGGGAAGCACGGAGGUCCACAGCAUAUCGUGGUGGAGCUUUAGCUCGUCCUUCGACUCCAAUUCGCCUUCCGGAUUGGGUUCAUCGGUUCCGCCGUCGCCUCCAACUUUAAGUACGAUGAACUCAACUGCCAGUUCCGUGAAGUCGGCACCUCCUUCAUUGGCUCCUGCAGCUUCGAAUACUCAACCAGAGAAUACUAAAUCGACCUGUCACAACGAGAUCUGUAAGCAAAAUCCUGGAGCCGUCGCGGGGGUUGUGACGGCGGGGGCUUUCGUUUUAGCUUUGUUCGCCGGUGCAUUCAUUUGGGUGUGCUCAAAAAAGAUCAAACACGUUAAGAAGUCCGAGUCACUUGCCUCAGAAAUCAUAAAAAUGCCAAAAGAAUUUAGUUACAAGGAGCUCAAAUCAGCCACCAAGUGCUUCAAUGCCAAUAGAAUUAUUGGUCAUGGCGCUUUUGGAACUGUGUACAAGGGUAUAUUGCCAGAGAACGGCGACAUCAUCGCGGUGAAGAGAUGCAGCCACAGUAGUCAGGGGAAGAACGAAUUCUUAUCUGAAUUGUCCAUAAUCGGGUCUCUCAGACAUCGGAAUCUUGUUCGUCUUCAAGGAUGGUGCCACGAGCAAGGUGAAAUCUUAUUAGUCUACGACUUAAUGCCCAAUGGGAGUCUAGAUAAAGCGUUAUUCGAGGCCCGGACACCUCUACCAUGGCCGCACAGGCUUAAAAUUUUGUUAGGCGUUGCCUCAGCCCUCGCAUAUCUGCAUCAAGAGUGCGAAAACCAGGUAAUUCACAGAGACGUGAAGACAAGUAACAUAAUGUUAGACGAAGGGUUCAAUGCCCGGCUGGGCGAUUUUGGUUUAGCUCGUCAAACAGAACACGACAAGUCGCCCGAUGCUACGGUGGCGGCGGGGACAAUGGGGUAUCUGGCACCGGAGUAUCUCCUCACAGGUAGAGCCACAGAGAAAACUGAUAUAUUCAGUUACGGUGCGGUGGUUCUGGAAGUGGCCUGCGGAAGAAGACCCAUUGAGAAAGAUGCGAAUGGAGCUGGUAAGGUAGGGGUGAGCAGUAAUCUGGUGGAGUGGGUAUGGAAUAUGCACAGAGAAGGGAGGUUGCUAAUGGCGGCCGAUGCGAGGCUGUGCGGUGAGUUCGACGAAGCAGAGAUGAGGAGGGUGCUAUUAGUCGGGCUGGCCUGCUCACAGCCCGACCCGUUUAACAGGCCCACGAUGAGGACGGUGGUUCAGAUGUUGGUGGGUGAAGCCGACGUCCCGAUUGUUCCGAGGACUAAGCCAGCCACUAGUUACAGCACAUCCCACCUCUUAAUGAACUUACAGGACAGCGUUUCAGACGGCAACGGCGUAAUCGCCGUCACUUCCUCCUCGUCAGACAACAGCUCCAACGUUGAAGAUGUAGUGUGAUGCAGAUCAACGGCCGGAUCAUCCCCCUUGUUAUCUAUCAACUCAGUGUAUAUAUAUAAAAAUAAAUUCAUUUAUUCAUGCAUGUAGACGUAGACGUAGGUAAACUGCAGCAACAUACUGCUGGGAUACACCUUUUUGAACAUUACUUGAAUGGGAUGGUGGUGGGGGCAUUGGACACGCAGGAAGGAGUCGAUGGUUUGGUUUGGGAAAAAGGGCGAAGUGUAGUAGGGAUUUGGAAAAGCAAAAGAGAAGGAGGACUAGGACGGAGUUCUGUUGUUGGUGACAGCUUAACCAUCAUAUUGAUGUCGGAGAUUUUGCAACGAAUAACAAUUCUAUAUU